UCAACUCCAUUUCGAUGGCACAUCUGCAAUCAUCCUGGGCUGUGAUGAACUCUGGAAGCAGCGAGGAAACACAUGUAGCACUGAAAAGAUGACGACAGAGUGUUCAACAGACAUGUGUUGAUUCACUAUGGCAAAGUGGUAAAAACGUGUCUCUGCUGCCAUGGAGGUGGGCAGCCUCCCCGUGGAGCUGUGGAGAGUUAUCUUGGCUUACCUCCCGCUCCCUGACCUGGGCCGUUGCUGUCAGGUGUGCCGUGCCUGGCGGGAGCUCAUCCUCUCACUAGACAACACCCGCUGGAGACAGCUAUGCUUAGGCUGCCCCGAGUGCCGACAUCCCAACUGGCCCAAUCAGCCGCAUAUGGAGCCCCCGUCCUGGAGGGAGGCCCUGAAGCAGCACGCCCUGUCCACCCGCACCUGGACUCAAAACGGAGCUGAGCUCCAGUCCUCCGCCUGCCUCCUCUUUUUCCGUCGACGAAAAGACCGCAGGGUUUGGCAUGUGGGGCCUGGGUGCGAGUUUGAGACCCUACGUGGGGCCCUCGGGGUGGCGGGGCCAUAUGACCGUGUCGUUCUCCACCCAGGGGUGUAUGAAGAGCAGGCGGAAGUGGCGCUGAAGGUGCCGGUGGAGCUGGUGGGACUGGGUCGGCUGGGUGAGGUGGCCCUCCUGGUGUGUAUGGAGCAGCAGUGCCCCACUGCCAGGCUGUGUAAUCUGGUGUUCAUGCCUCCCUGGUUCUCCACAGUGGUCUACAAGACGUCAUGGGGCCACGUCCAACUAGACAACUGCAACUUUGAGGGGGCUCAGCUGCAAAUCCGUGGCCCAGGAACCUGCCAGGCUCGCUUCUGCUCCUUCUCACAAGGAAGCUCUGCCCACUUGCUUGGCGUGGUCCUCAGUUUGUUGGACAGUUGUGACUUCUCGGGAAGCGACACAGCUUCUGUGACAGUCGAAGGUCCUCCUGUGUCAGAAAGAAACUGGGCUUGUAAACACUUGGCUGCCCUGGCUAGGACGUUCCCAUCAUGUGGGGUAUCUGGAAACAAUAGCCCUCCCAGAGGCCCUCCGGCUGGCCCCAUUGGUGGGCAUCCACCUUCAGGUGCUAAUGUUAAAAAGGAGCAUGUGAGCAUGGAAGACUGGCAGAGGAGGACUGGGAUGGAUGGAGUGUGUCAGGGGACUGUAAUCGAAGACGGGUGGAGUGAUGGCGACCGCAGCGAGGGAGAGGAGGAGAACCAAGAUAGAGGAGUAACUAAUAACACCAAAAACCCACUAAUAUUGGAUUACAAAAUUGCUUGCGAAAAUCACGGCCUAUCCCAUUUGCUCAAGCCCCGGCCAGAUGGCUCUCUGCCACCGGUUUCCUCCCGGGAUCCUCCGUCUGAGACCCCUGAACCCCUCACCUUUCAGCAGGAACUAGACAGGGACCCGGAGGCUCAGAUGUUGGCAGCCUCCACCCUUGGCUGCAUCCUCAGACGCUGCCUCUUCAGGGAAGGGAAGGGUGGUGUGCAUUUGUCUAAUUACGGACAAGCGCGGCUGGAAGGCAGCGUUUUCCGUGGGCUGAAUUAUGCUGUCCGCUGCAUCCAGAACUCCACAAUAGUGAUGCUUAGAAACGAGGUGUGUGAGUGCCGCGCAUCAGGUGUGUUCCUGCGCCUCUCCGCUCAGGGCCUCAUCGCAGAAAACAACAUCCACUCGAAUGGGGAGGCGGGGCUGGACAUCCGAAAAGGGGCUAAUCCCAUUAUUGUGUGCAACAAAAUACACAGCGGCUUGCGUUCGGGGGUUGUUGUCCUUGGGAAUGGCAAAGGUUCAAUUCGGAGCAACCAGAUCUAUAACAACAAGGAAGCUGGCGUGUAUAUUCUCUUCAGUGGAAAUCCCAUGGUCAGUGGGAAUCACAUCUUCCAGGGUCAGGCAGCGGGGAUCGCUAUAAACGAAAAUGGCAGAGGGAUGAUAACAGAGAAUGUGAUUAAAGAGAACCAGUGGGGGGGCGUGGACAUCCGCAGAGGAGGUGACCCCAUCCUGAGGAACAACUACAUCUGUUAUGGCUACUCAGACGGCGUCGUAGUGGGAGAAAGAGGCCGUGGACUCAUUGAAGGAAAUCAUGUCUACUGUAACAAAGGCUGUGGCGUUUGGGUUAUGUCAUCCAGCCUCCCGCAGCUCCUGGGGAACUACAUCACCCAUAACUGCAUGUACGGGCUGGCGGUGUUCUGCAGGAAGGACCCGGAGAACAUUGAGGCCAGGGAAGGGAACUGGCCGGGGCAGGAUGGGAUUGGCGGUGAAGCAGGCAGCAGGGAAAGGAGGGGGGUGGAAGGCGAAGGGAGAGAGGCACAGGAAAACUUGAACGAAGAGGGGGAACUGUUUGCAUGGGAGAGUGAUCUGGACAGUGAGGAUGAGCGCCACUCGGCCCGUCGAUCUAUCAGCAUGGCACUGGUGGAGAGCAACUGCAUGAGCCACAAUGGAGCAGUUGGUCUGUACGUGAAGAGCAGUGAGCCCUUGAAUGUUUUCGCAAACCUUGUGAACAGUAACCGUGGAAUGGGUGUAGCUGUGCUGCAGAGCAGCCAGCUGACCCGAAUGGUUACAAACUGCAUCCUUGAAAAUGGUCGAGGUGGUGUUACUGUAGAGAAGGACUGCAGAGUGGAACUUCGUGGUAACGGCAUCUAUAAAAACUGCGGCCACGGUGUCAGUUUCAGUGGUAAUGGGCAGAUUGUGGAGAAUGAUGUGGUUGGAAAUCGGGGAUAUGGGAUCCAAGUCUCUGGCAGCGCUGACAUCAAGGUAUUGCGCAACCGCAUCCAGCCGGCUCAGGGCUGUGGCGUUGCUGUCCUAGGAGCAGUAAAAGGUGUCGUCCAUGACAAUCUCUUGUUCCAGGGCAACCCUGGGAACAAAAAGGCACUGCUGCAUAUGGAUCCAGGCAAUGAAAGCUGUGUGUUGCGCAACAACACUGUUCUGAGGCAUAAUAACAGCUGUUCUGCUCCUCUCUGGGUGUUGGAAAACCCUCCACCUCGUCCGCUGGCCAGCUCCCCUUCUGGCCUCUCCUCAUCCCAGUAUCCCUCCAGACUUGGAAUUUCCAUGACGACCAGGAUCAGCGCCACCGUAGAAAGCGGUUGCCACAGUGGCAGCAUGUUCUGCUCCAUCCUGUGAACGCUGGCAAUCACUCAGAAACCAAUGAAUGACUUUUCAGCGUCUGGUCACUUUUGAUAUGGUCCGUGUCGUACAUUGACCUUCCAAACUGAUGCUGAGGUCGAGCACCCAUCCGAGGAAGAAGAGGCUGCUCCAAGUAGAACCACUAAAGGAGUCAUCCACCUUCAAGCGCAUUAGGUGGCACAUUUUGAAAUCUUUGAAAUUUUAAAUCUGAAAUCAAGACUUUUGUAAUUUUAUGCUAAAAUGCCAGUGCACUCAUCAGAUGUGGACUGAUGAAGGAGUACAAAACACUCCAGCAUCAUACAACAUCUUAACAACCAUUUCCAUACUGAAGCUUUAACUUCAUCGUGUUCUUUUCCACUCAGAUUUAUUACUCGAGUGCAGACCUGCUGUGGACUUUGCUGGUUUCGUCAGUUUGCUUCUGAGACUCACUGGUUGGGAAGUGCACUUUUUUUUUUUUAAUCCUAGCAGGAGUCGAAGGCUUCAGAGAUGCCAGCUUCAACCAUGCUACAAAGUAAAGCUGUGCCUUGUUGGAUUUUUUAUUCAAUCAGUUGUAGUUAGGGACAGAGUUGUCAUAGUGUGAAGUAUAUAUGCAAAAAAGUCAACAAAAAAAGACAGCCACACUCUAAGGGUUAGUUUGGACCUUUUGAAGUGCGGUUGUGUAAGGUAGUUAUCCAUAGUCAGUGUAUUACCUACAGUUGAUGUCAGUACUGGGCACACUUCCAGUUUGGAGAAGCAGAUGGAAGAACCACCAUGGAAGCUAAGAAAUGUACUGCUUUGGGCAGGAGCAAUGAAUGAAUGAAUGAAAAUCUUUAUCGAUCCGAAGGGAAUUUGUUCUCUUGAAAGCAUUAAGAACUUAAACAACAAAAGACAUCAACAUCCAUACUGGACGGCACAUACAACGAAAUGAAUCAACUUUUUAAAAGGCCUACCCCCUGUUUUUGUGUGGCUGGUCUAUGUUUUCCUCCUGUGCAUAAACUACAUUGAACUUUGUAAAAAAAAAAAAAAAAAAGGUGCACAAUCUAUUUAAAAAGUAUUCAAAUCAACACCUCAUUGCAUCAGCAAUAAGCAGCAGAGCGCCCUCACAGGUGUUUUUAUACUUCACGUUAAAAUAAAUUAAACAAAUCAGUGCAUCAAAACAAUCAAAUUAAUUUAUUCAGUACCAGUAAAUGUUGCUGCCUUCAUGUGCUCCUUGGAAAUAUCGUAUUUAAUGUAUUUAGGAAUUGUAAGCACAUAAACUGCCCUUCAAAGUCGCAAUUAUGAGUGGGAAAUUUCUAUGAUAUCCAAGUUGUUAAGUUUGUGUGACAUUUCAGCGCAUCAAAAAUAGCAGAAAGAAUGGAAACUGCCAACAACUGACAGUUGAAACAUUUAUGUUUCAUUACUUUGUCCUAACUAAAAUAACAACUAUAAAGCAUGCUAGGCCAGUAUAUUAACACUGAUAAUAACGUUAUUUUAUAACACCAGUUGCCAUCUUGCCCCAUGUAUUUCAGCCGUUAAACUGUUACAGCAACAUUUUGCUGCCUGCCUUUGCUCGCUUUUGUGUCAUCUGCUUCUGCAAACUGGCAGCAUGCCGACUGCCAUAUACUGAAGGUAAUGCGCUGACUACAGAGAAACCUCAUACAACUCCACUUCAAAUACCAAACUGUCCCUUUAAGCUUUUGUCUCUUGCACAGAGCUGUUUUCUAUUGAGUCUGUGUUGUAUCAACUCAUCCAAUGCACCUCAGCUUUCUUUGACAUAAUGAAAUUCAUCGAGGGGGGGACGAGUAGUGUUCCACAUUCAAUCACCAUGCUGAGACACCCACAGACUCACCUGGUCGCAGCCAGUUAUAAAAGGAAAAAUGAUA